UUGCAGUUCAACAUGAUUACCUCAAUCCCGCUUCUUACUCUUCUGUUCCUGUUAAUGUCCGCUUCGGCGUUGGUCCGCGCGACCUGUAACAACUUCACUCUGGAAGGAGAACCAUACACUCUUCCUGGACCUACGCUCUAUAUCAUCAGCUCCGGUGUCGUCUGCAAGGGGAAACAGAAUUGCACAAUCUUAGCUGGCGGUUACAUAACUGCAAAUCGAUUGCUUAACAACUCAUCUCCAGACGACAGCGUCAAUAACAACCUCUUCACCCUCAUCGCCUCUGCCUCAAACAUCAGCUUUGAAAAGUCUGUAUCCGACAAUAUCUCAACUGUGAAACAGACCUUUGAGCACGGCACUGCGGGAUAUGUCCACUUUAGGCCUGACUUUCUUUGUGUGAAUGGGAUCUUCAGUGGUUGCCCUGCUGGUAGUGCUCACUUGCCUGCCGGAGAAGUUGCUAUUCAAGCUUGUACACCUGAUGCCAGGAACAACAACGAUCAUAUUAGUGGGACGAUGUCGAAGGUUUUAUCUGACGAGGCUACGGCCAAGGAUCUCAGUUGCAAUCCAGCAAAUGUCAGCAGCGCGGCUGAUGCACCUAACAAGGCAUGUGACAAGCAUAACAAGUUUUACGCUAGUGAUGCUCGUAAAUCGGUGAUCAUUGAAACUACAACAGUUGCUCUUGCUCUGUUCGGUUGUUUUGGCGCUUUGCGUUGA